GGGUUGGUAUCAACCAAAACUGUAGAGAGAUAUUUGGCGAGGAACAAAAAUCCCAAACUGAAAAAAAAUCCAGAGCUCUAUAUAAUAAACAGUAAGACUUGACCAAAGAAAUCAACCACGACAAGAUCAAUUGGGUACUAAGGGACGUAAUGGUGCAUCAAUUAUUGUUAGUGUCGUCCAUACCACAUAGUAAAUAUGUUCAAACGAUAUCCACGCUACAAGCAAUGACGAGAUUACUAUCUCCCCAACCAAUAUCAACAUACACUUUAGUGACCAAACCUUCAUAUGUAUUCAAACCAAAGUUUGAACCAGGAAAAGUGAAUCAGAUAGAGCAAUAUUAUAUGAAAUGUACAACCACCUGGGAAUCUGGAGUGGACCUCGAUUUAGCUAUACCACUAAUAGCUGAUGAUGAAACUAGUCUGGUUUUCGUUGAAAGAUUGUUUAGUGGGAAUGAAGAAGUUGAAAGAACUUGGACAUUACAGAUUUCAGAUAUUCCAAUUGCUGGGAAACAAGUAUGUAGUAAUCAAACUAUAUACGAGAGUACAUUGAUACAUGCUCAUGCUAGAAUUGAAGAUAGUGAGAUCAAGAAACCCAGUGAUAUUGCCGAUGGUGAUGCCAUGGAAAUAGAUGAUAAAGUUGAAGAACCAAACAAAGAAGUUAAAACUGACUCUAAUGGAGCAAGUGAAGAAUCAAGUACCAGCAUUGUAAAAUCCCACAGCUCAGAUGUAUCAAAUGAUCCUGAUUUAACUGGUAGAAAAGAUUCUUUCUUAUUAUUAUUGGAAAGCUUAGGAUAUGGAGUUGUCAAUCAAUAUUGGCUUAAAGGUGUAAGAUUUUUCCAAGGUGAUAUUGUUAUUGAGAUAUUUAAGAUCUUUAUAAGGGAUGAUAAUGUAUCUUCGACUGAUGCUAACAACAAUAAGAUCAAAUUGAAGUUAUUAGAUGAAUCUAAUACUUUCCAAAUAAAAGCAUAUAUCAACAUUCCUAAGUCAACAGAUAUUGAACAAAUUAGUCAAGGUUCGAAAGAUUUAUUAAAACUACAAGAUUUAUUAAAGAAUUUAUUUAAAUUAGAAAUCCCAGAUAGAAUGUUCAUGGAUUCUAGAGUCACUUUAAAAAAAGCAACCUAAUUUAUAUUAUAUGUAUAUAUACAAGAACA